UUUUUUUGUCUCUUGGAAAUCAAUAAAAUGUACAGAGUAUACGAGUCAUACUUUUGCUGUUGUGCCUUAAAUUAUGACUUUCCCAAAAUAGAUGAGGUCACCGAGCUGUAUCAAAGCGGAAGAUCUCCGCGCGCGGAGCUCUAAAAAACAAUCGGCUUCCCCAAUCAACAACACAUGCUUUUCUCCAGGACUUUACAGCCUUUGCAGCGCAACCGUGUCUGGACCAUCUCCAGACUUGCCAAUCGGCGAUAUGGAUCCACCCUAGCUGACGCGCUCGCCAACCCAGAGAAAAAAGUACACUCGUUCAUCUCACGCUCGCGCGACCCGUACCUCAACCUCUCGAUCGAACACUACCUACUCACGAAGUCUCCGCACGACUCAACAAUCCUGUUCCUCUACACCAACCGACCAUGCAUCGUCAUCGGGCGCAACCAAAAUCCAUGGAUGGAAGUGAACCUAGGGCUCUUGAGAGCGGCGCGGUCGAGCCAACGUAAAGAGACGGAACCGCCAGGCAUUGGGGAGCUCGACCUCGUGCGGCGGCGGUCCGGCGGCGGCACAGUCUUCCAUGACGAGGGCAACGUCAACUGGGGCGUGAUUUCUCCGUCGGACGAUUUCUCGCGCGACAAGCAUGCGGAGAUGGUGGUGCGCGCGCUGCGGAAGCUCGGCGUCGAGCGCGCUAGGGUCAAUGAGCGGCAUGAUAUUGUGCUGGACCAGGGCGCAGAACGAGCGAAGGUGGAUGAGGCCGAUACCCAUAAGACGCCGUUCGGGGAGGGGCCGCGCCCGUUGAAGGUUUCUGGCUCGGCGUAUAAGCUUAUUCGUGGGAGGGCAUUGCACCAUGCUACUUGUCUGCUCUCAUCGCCAAACUUGCAGAUCAUCCCGGAUUAUCUGCACUCCCCUGCUAAGCGGUUUAUCAAGGCCCAGGGUGUUGAGAGUGUCAGUUCGCCGGUCGCAAACAUUGGAAUUGAGAACAGUGACUUUGUGGAAGGGGUUCAGAGCGAAUUUGGCAGUAUGUACGGGCUGAGCUCGGACGGCAGCGUUGCUGUCGAAGUUGGAGAAGAACAGUUGGGCGUCCCCGAAAUCGACAAGGGAUAUGAAGAGCUAAAGACCCUCAAAUGGACCUAUCUAUCAACGCCAAAGUUCAUCUUCUCGACCAAGGAACCCUUGCCAGAUGAGCGUAGAGACCCGGUGCUCCCUGCCCACUUGGAGGAUGCUCAGGUUGUGCUUACUGUGCAUAAUGGCACUAUCAAAGGUGGGAGAGCUUGCUUAGGACCGCUUGGUGAAACUCGCAGUCCGCGCGAGGAGGCUUUGCAGGGCCGCAAUCUGCACGAGAUUGAUGAUUGGCGGCCAUACGUCAAGUACGAAGGAGGUAUAGCAGAAAGGGAUGCGCUUGCAGGCUGGUUGCGGGCGACCCUUCCGAGCCCGCUUGAACAAUAAAACUUCCCAUUGUAUACACAAGCAUCUAUCCGACCUAUCAUGGUAUUGUAAAAUCUGUCCAUAUAGCUUGUAUAUCAUGGAGCUGUCGAGCAUAAAUCACUGUCUUUCUAUAACCCAUUUUGUAUCGUUGAGAAAAUGUAUUAUUCACAACCCG